AUGGUUAGCGCCGUGGAUUUCUGCAACAGCCGCAUCAUCUAUCACCGGGAUCUCAAGCAGGAAAAUCUACUCCUCAACGAACACGGCAACUUGAAAUUUUUAGAUUUUGGACUGUCCACUUUGCCGGAACAACUCCGGAACGAUGGUUUGGUCUAUACCCAGUAUGGGACGCCGGCGUACGUGGCGUCGGAGGUGUUGAGAUGGAAAGGGUACGGCGGCGCUGGAGGUGUUGAGAUGGAAAGGGUUGGGCAUCGAGUCUAUGAGUGUUACGCAAAUCCAAAGGGGAACGCCUUAAGUCAAGGACCUAAUGAGAGUGGACGUCAGCUGAAGAAAAGAUCUUACAGUUACAAGCCUGGAAACAAGAAUGACAAGGGUGGACAAAGAGGCAACCACGACAGUAUCAAGAACAAGAGAAGUAGGAAGGAAAAUCAAGAUCAAAAUGGUGGUAGUGGUAAUCAGUUGAUGAGGAGAGCUCAAGUGAAGAUUGUUGGCGUGGAGACAAGUAGACUCAUAAUGAACGCCAUACCUGUUUAG